UGUGUGAGUGUCUGUGAGUGUAUAAAUAAGUAAAACAGCAGGCUCUGAUCAGGAUAUACACGCGACACACUCACACACACCUGAAGCUAGUGCCUGUGGAGUCCCCCAAGCUUUGAGGAGGAAAAAAAACAGACUAAAGAGGACGCGAAUGGUCAGUUUCUGAAUGGAACUGUCUGCCUGUCGACAUCCACUCACCUGCCAGCAGAAAGCUGAAGAUGCUGGAGGAGUCUCCACUCUCGUGGGUGAGAUACAGGCAUGAGCAGAGCACGUAUGGACAGGGCAGACACCUGCUGUCCCUCAAUGCUUGAUAGACCUUCCUGCUGGACUCUCUGAGCUGAAGUGACCUGCGGCUUUCCUUGGCUGUCCCCUUCAUCACGACCCUCUGGAUGUGCUCUUGAUGUAUUGCUGUGGUCUGGGACACUGGCGGAGAGUACAGUCCACCUACGGUUCGGCGGACCGUCAGGACUCAGGGGCCGCUGAGGAGAAGGAGAAGAAUGCUCAGGUUCAGCUGGAGAAGGCCAAGUAUAAACCUGUUGCGUUCGCUGUGCGCACAAACUACACCUACACUCCUGCCGAUGACGACAAUGUCCCAAUACCUGGACACGGGGUUUCCUUUGAGGCUAAAGACUUCCUGCAUGUCAAAGAGAAGUUCAAUAAUGACUGGUGGAUCGGGCGGCCGGUGAAGGAGGGAGGGGAGGUGGGUUUCAUCCCCAGCCCGGUCAACCUGGAGACCAUUCUCAUCAGGAGAGAGGUGCAAGCCAGGAAGGCAGCCAAAGCCCUAGCCAACAAAGCAGCAAGCUCUGCCAAAGAUGAUCUGAACUCGAAGAAAGUCACUCCCCCUCCGACAGUUCAGCAAGUGAAGAAGAAAUCGGGGGAGCAACUGGCAGCGUACGACGUUGUGCCUUCCAUGCGCCCCGUGGUGCUGAUGGGGCCUUCACUCAAGGGCUACGAGGUUACAGACAUGAUGCAAAAGGCACUCUUUGAUUUUUUAAAACACAGAUUUGAAGGGAGAAUAACAAUCACUCGGGUGACGGCAGAUAUUGCUCUUGCUAAGCGGUCGAUCCUGAACAACCCCAGCAAACAUGCUAUAAUGGAUCGUUCCAACACACGCUCCAGCCUCGACGCCGCUGCUCAGAUCCAAGGCGAGGUGGAGAGGAUCUUCGAGCUGGCCCGAAGCCUGCAACUGGUUGUCCUGGAUGCAGACACUAUAAACCAUCCCCUCCAGCUCAGCAAGACCUCCCUGGCCCCCAUCCUUGUCUAUGUCAAGAUCUCAUCCCCCAAGGUUCUCACCAGGUUGAUAAAGACCAGGGGAAAGAGUCAGACCAAACAUCUCAACGUUCAGCUAGUGGCUGCAGAUAAACUUGCCCAGUGUCCCAAUGAGAUCUUUGAUGUCAUCUUAGAUGAGAACCAGCUUUCAGAUGCCUGUGAGCACAUAGCUGAGUACCUGGAAUCUUACUGGAGAGCCACUCAUCCUCCAGAGAUGGAGCCAGCCAACCCCCUGGUAGAGAAACUGGCAGAGAACACACUCCCUACCAGCCCCACACCUGCUAAGGAGGAAACAAAAAGCAAGAGGACAGCAGCCACCAAGAGGAAAGGAUCUCAGGAGAACCAACUGGAGCAGCAACCUCAGGCUGAGGAGGCAAGGGAGGACGAGGAAGAGGAGGCAAGGGAGGAAGAGGCAGAGGAGGAGGAAAGGCUCUUGAGGAGUGAGCCAAAGAGACCACAGCAUAGCCACCAUCAUCAUCAUCACCAUCACCACCACCACCACCGGACCAGUGCGAACCGCACCGAGCACCACAACCACCACCCUGCCCACCCUCAGCCAGCGGACAUAGAGUUGAUGCCCAGUAAGGACUCUGUAUACACAGAGCCACGGAGUCGGCGCCUGCAGCUAGAUGAGGACGAAUUGGACCAAACUGAAGUGUACCAAAACAGGACUACAACCCUCAGAGACCACAACCACCAGCACCACAAUCACCACCGUCACCGCCAUCACCACCACCGUGGGACCAUUGACAUUCAUGAAGACCACUCCCCUCAAGAACAGGACUAUGAGCUAAAGCACAAUGAACGCAACAGGCAGCACAGGCACCAGAGCCAGAUACGUUCCCACCACCAUGAACAGCCUCUACGGCCCCACCAUGAACAGCCAAUACGCUCCCACCAUGAACUGCCAAUACGCUCCCACCACGAACAGCCAAUACGCUCUCACCAUGAACAGUACUACAGCCUCCCUCAUAACCACUACCACUAUCAGAGUCGAGAGCGGGACAGGGACAGAAACAGAGAGAGGGACAGGGACAGACAUGGGGAGGAUGGUAACUGGCCCACAGAUAUGUACAUUCAUCGUUGAAUGAUGUGAACUUGCACUGCGUUGAUGCUGCUAAGUGAAAUGUAGGUGUAAUGCCAAUACUUGUACUGUCCAAAUGGUUCAACACAAGCAUGAAUAACAUGAAACAUAUACCCACUAUGUAGCUGCAAAUAAAGUGUACUUAAGUGUUUCUAAACAAUACUGGAGGCUAAUAAAGAACCCAGUUCCAGAUAGGAAAAAUGUAAAUAAAAUAAAAUGUAGUGCAUUUUAAAUAAAAACAGACAGCAAUUAUUUGCAAAUAUUAUGUUCUUAUUAUUAUUAUUAUUAUGUUCAAGUGGAAACAGUUCAAAGAUGAGAUAUUAACUUUACUGUUUUUGUAUAUAUGUCCUUAUAGGGGCAUGUUUACCACUGUGUUGCAUCAAACUUCCUUUUAACAACGUUCAGUAAUCGUUUGGGACCUGAGAACACAAAUUGUUGUAAUAAUGAAAGUAGAAUUUUCUUUCCAUUCUUGCUUGUCAUAAUACUUCACCUACUCAACAGUCCAGGGUCACUGUUGUCAUAUAUAUUGAUCUGUAAUACACCACGUUUUCAAUGGUAGACAGGUUUGGACUGCAGGCAGGCCAGUCUUGCACCUGCAAUCUCAUACCAUGAAGCCAUGCUGGUGUAACACAUGCGACUUAGCAUUGUCCUGCUGAAAAGUUCCUGAAAAAGAUGUCUUCUAGAUGGCAGCCCAUCCUGCUCCAAAAUGUGUAUGUAUCCUUCAGCAUGAAGAUGCAUAAGUUACCCAUGGGAACUAACACAUGCCUAUACCAUGACAGAUGCUUGCUUUUAACUUUGUGUUGGUAACAAUUGGGAUGGUCCUUUUCCCCUUUGGCCUGGAAACAAUGUCCAUUAUUUCCAUAAGCAAUUGAAAGGUGGAGUCUCUCAGUGUUAUUGACGAGUUUUCUGAAGUGUUCUUGAACCCACGUGAAGUCGUCUAAGGGAUCGAAAGUCACAGGCAUCCCAUACAGAUUUUUGGCCUUGCACUUUAUGUGCAGAGAUUUCCUCAAUCUUUUAAUAACAUUUCACAAAGUGGCAACUGAGCCUUUUGUGAGUGCUUCUUUUAUAACCCAGUCAUGAUAGCAUGUCCUGUUACCUAUUCACCCGUUUACCUGUGGAAAGUACCAUGAACUUUUCCCUGUCUUACGCUGUCACAAUCACAAUUUUUUGGAAUGUGUUGCAGAUAUCAAAUCUGGAAUUAGAGUAUAUUUACGAAAAAACAGAAGUGGGUAAGGUAAAUUAUUGAAUAUCUCUUUGUACUGUUUUCAGUUAAAUUCCUUUAAAACACAGUUAACAAUUCAUAGCUGUCUGUUAGGAUAAAAGUUCUUGGAAAGAAGAUUUCUAGCCAGCAAAGACCAAAGUCUGUUUUUUUUAGUUAGGUCAUUGGUCUAUUUAAUGUUAUAGUAAAAUUUGUAAAAAGAGCUUUGCUAUUUAUUUAACAUUAGUAGUCAUUUGCAAAUAUGUAGAGGUGCUGUUAAAAUUAGCUUGGUAAUUUCCUUAUAGUAACCAAUAUUGAAUAUAAAUUUCAAUAUAACAAUGGUGGCUUUUGAAAGCUUUAUGCAUGUUUUUCUAAACAGAAGCACUAGCUGCACAGAGCUGGCUUUUUCCUCAUCUCAGUAUAAUCUAGUGCUAUGCAGGAUGUGAUGCUGCAAACAAAUGAAGACUUUUAGGUUAGCUUAACAACAGUUUGAAUUUAUAAGUGUUGUUUUAUAGCACCAGUAUUCAUUUAUGACUAUCCAUCUCUUAUUCCUUAUAGCAGUGCCUUGAGAUGUUGUACAUUCUCUUUUAUAACUCUGGGCUAAUAUUAGGUAUCACAAAACUGCUUAAGGUGAAUUGGUCAUAGAUACUUUAUUGAUUUUACAUUUAAUUUGUCAAUAUGAAACAUUGCUAUGCAGUAAAAGCAACACAAAAGACUGCUAACCAUGCUACAGACUGUUUUGAUGGCUAGCUUGCAGCAUGUCUUUGGUGCCAUCAGCAAGUAAAUUGUUUGGUCUAAUUCUAUGGAACAUGAUUUAAAAAGUGUCCAAAAUAUUGCACGUAAAUAGUUGGACGCAGCUGAAAAUACUUGGACUAACUGUUGGACAGUACAGCUAUUGGAAUUUCACAUGCUCCUACAGUAUGCACUCAGGAUGCUCUUCAUUUCUGUUACUUUUCACAUUGUUAUUGUCUUUUAUUGUUACCUUAUUUGCUGUUUUAAGUUUUAGGUAUUAAUGUAUUUUUUGAAAUAUUUAUUUGACCCCAUUGAAAGGAAUGAUGAAUGAGCUCUGGUACAGCUGAUACAGAUCAUAAAAUAUGUCAUUGUUU